AUCACCUGAUAGUUUAAAUACUAGAUUAUAGGUAAGGUCUAUGCAGUAGCUAAUAUGACGGGCAUUAGUGCUUCACGCUGCUAAUUUCUUCCAACGGAUAGUGAUCAUAUUUUUAUUGCACCCUUUGCAUUUUAACCGGUGCAGCAAUUUGCUUAUUGAAAGGCAAUGGAGUGGACGGAUCCCAUUUCCAUAUUUUUACUUUUUGUCCUGACUGUUCUGUUUAUUAUGAAAACUGAAAAAUUCUGGAAUAGCAACUUCCAAGAGGAUUUCCCCCCGGGACCAAAGCCUUUACCCAUCAUUGGAAAUCUGCAUAUAAUGGAUCUGAAGAGGCCCUACUGGACUAUGCUGGAGCUGUCCAAAAAAUAUGGCCCAGUCUUCAGCAUUCAGAUGGGAUGCCAGAAAAUGGUGGUGCUGGCGGGAUACGAGACAGUGAAGGAGGCUCUUGUGAACCAGGCAGAUGCAUUUGCAGAGAGACCUAAAGUUCCAGUACUUGAAGAGAUUUCAAAAGGAUAUGGUGUUCUUUUUUCUCAUGGCAAUAACUGGAAAGUGAUGCGAAGAUUUACUCUCACGACCUUACGAGACUUUGGAAUGGGCAAGAGGGCCAUUGAAGAUCGGAUUGUUGAAGAGUACGGAUUUCUGAUGAAGGAUAUUGAAUCUCGUAAAG